GAGGAGAAGCGUCCAGAGGCGGCGGCGAGGGGCGCCAUGCCUGCCCGGGAAGCAACAGGAUGCGCUUCGCAGGUAGGAGCGCAACCGGUGCAGUUGGGGUGCUGCUGGAGAGCCUGCAAAACUUGGGGUGGAUCCCUGGAUCGGGAAGGUGGCAGUUUCAGGCUACUGGGUGAAAGAGAUCCACUUUUCAAGGCUUAGGCCGACCCGGAUGCCCUGGCAAGGAGAUGGGCUGCCCGCGCGCGCGCGCGCAGUUUUUGGAGACCUGGGGUGACUUUGGAACCAGCCUCCUUAGCCAGGUUUUUAAAGACCUUUGGAGGCAACCGAGCACUGGGAAGAUUGUGGCGAACCACCCGCCCCCCCGCCCGAUAUGUAAUUCAAAACAAUACUAAAAAUAAUUUUAAUGAGAAUUACAAAAGCAGAAAGUUGCUCGGGUCUCUGGUUUCCUCGCCUUAUUACAAUCUAGGACGCGCGCCCCACCACCCGGUUUAGUUGGGGGAAAUAAAUAAAAUGAGGACGGAAGAACGGGGAAGAGUUUAGGAGUGCAAGGAAGUCAUAGCCAAGUUCGGAUUUCCCUCCACGACGACUACAAAAAUAUCAAACGCAAAAUUCUUUAAAAUAAAAUACUUUUUUUGAGGGGUGCGCCCGCAUGCUGGUGCUUAAACGCAUGUCUGGUCUGCCUGUUGGGCAAUUCAGCGCUGCCUUUGCUUAUCUGCAUAUAUACUGUAAUUCCAAAUAUUUUGCACUUGGAGCUCCUAUCAGCCGCAGCCAGCAGGGCCUUCAGAUCUGCUGUGCUGUGCUGUAAUUUGAAACUUCCAGUGCUGUGUCUACCUUAAAGGGUUAAGGGACCCCUGACCAUUAGGUCCAAUCGUGGCUGACUCUGGGGUUGCGGCGCUCAUCUCACUUUAUUGGCCGAGGGAGCCGGCAUACCAGCUUCCGGGUCAUGUGGCCAGCUUGACUAAGCCACUUCUGGCGAACCAGAGCAGCGCAGGGAAACGCCGUUUACCUUCCCGCCAGAUCGGUACCUAUUGAUCUACUUGCACUUUGACGUGCUUUCGAACUGCUAGGUUGGCAGGAGCUGGGACCGAGCAACGGGAGCUCACCCCGUCGCAGGGAUUCGAACCGCCGACCUUCUGAUCGGCAAGUCCUAGGCUCUGUGGUUGAACCCACAGCGCCACCCGCAUCUACUUUAAAUAAUAAUAAUUUAAAAAUUAAAUGAAGCUCAGAAAUGAAUAAUUGGUAAAUCUGCAUGUAUGCCUUUCUGGCUAGCAAAUGGACUCUUCUCUCCCCUAGGGUAGAUUUAGUAAGCGGUUUUUCUGGUGACUGAUAUGUUUCUAUGUGGGUGGCGGUUUGGGGUGCGGUGAAUCUAGUGUGUUGAGUUUAGAUAACAUUUGAGGACCUCCUAACGAAGCCAAGACUUAAAUGUGGAGCCAUGCAUGCAAAACACCCGAGCACCUUCUAAACUUGGCAUAUCAAAGCACUAUCAUAUCCAGCGCUUUUUUCCCUGGGGGCAUGCAGGAGUACACAUACCCCUAAACAUUUUGUGAAUCUUAGCGGGAGAAGAAACAUUUUUUUUUUUAAUGGAAUAUGCAGAAAUGGCAAGACUGGCGGGAAAGAUCAGAAACCAGGAAGACCCAAGUAUUUUUAAAAGACUGGAAUAACUUUGUAACAUAUUUGAGAGAUCACUGUACACAGCUGAAAUCAUUGGCAGGCUGUUUAAGUUUAAUAAUGAUAUUGGAAAGUUGUUACUUUCAACUACAAGGAAAUUCAGAAGGGAGGGACUAGAGGAAGUCAACCAAGAGGUUUAAAAGGUUGGAUUUGUAAAGAAUUAAGUUUGUUGUUAUUGUUUAUCUGUUUAUUGUUCCUUUUUUCUUUUUUCGUUCAUUGAUGUGUUUUUCUUUUUUUCCUGUUUUUGUGUGUCAUUCUGCUUUGUGGUUUCUGUUAUAAUUGUGGAAAAUCUAAUAAUUUUUUUUUUAAAAAAUGAAAUCAUUGGCAGGAAUACAAUGACAUUUGUAAUGUAACAUGGAUUUUGGAUACUAUGAUUAUAUCACAGAUAGAUUACAGUAAAAGAUGCAGGAAUAAAAUUUAGAAUUGGAGCCCAUAGAGGGAAGGAAGGAGGUCUCAAGGUUUGAAAGAACCAUUUUCUUUUUUAAUGUGUGAAAAUGUUGUAUUCAUGGUGUAUAACUUUUAUGUAAAACUAAUUUUAAAAAAUGAUUCCUUUUUUAUUAUUGUUUUAGUUUCUUCUCUAACACGGUGAAUCAUCAAUUCCGUUGCUACCCCCGAUGGCGGCCUUUUGUCCAUUAACUGUAUUUAUUUCCCCCAAUUUGAAGUAUAGAAUGGUGAUUUUCUUGAGUCAAAAUGAGAGUACCCCUAAACAUUUUUUAAGAAAAAAAGUACUGAUCGUAUCCUAGCGGUUCUCAGCCUGUGGGUCCCCAGAUGUUGUUGGACUACAACUCCCAUCUUCCCUGAGCUCUGGCCUUGCUAGCUAGGGGUGAUGGGAGUUGUAGUUCAACAACAUCUGGCGGAAUAGCUCUGUCUUACAGGCCCGAUGGAAGAAGGUUAAACCCUGAAGGGCCCUGGUCUCAUGGGACAGAGCAUUCCACCAGGUCGGAGCCAUCACUGAGAAGGCCCUGGCCCUGGGGGAGGAUAGUCUGACUUCAUUAGGGCCCGGGACCUCUAAACUAUGGUUGUUCAUGGAUCUUAAGGUCCUCUGCGGGGCAGACCAGGAGAGGCGGUCCUGUAAAUACGAGGGCCCUAAGCCACAAAGGGCUUUAAAGGUCAAGACCAGCACCUUGAACCUGACCCUAGACACCACUGGGAGCCAGUGCAACUGGUAAAGCACUGGGUGAAUAUGCUCCCAUGGCAGGGACCCCGCGAGGAGCCUUGCUGCAGCAUUCUGUACCCGCUGGAGUUUCUGGGACAGUUUCAUGGGCAGCCCCGUGUAGAGCGAAUUACAGUAGUCAAGCCCAUAGCUGUCAACCGUCCCUUAUUUGGCGGGACAGUCCCUUAUCCCAGCGCCAUGUCCUGCUGCUGUCCCUUAUUGAUGACGUCCCUUAAAUUUCCCGGGUUUCAAAGGAAGCAGCUCCUCUCCCUCCCUCCCUCCCUGCUGGCCAGGGAGGAGGGAGGCUCCAACUGUGUUGCUUGGCUGUGUUGCUCACCCAAUAAGGAGUCUGAGAAUGACUGGGGGGUGGAGCUUGCAUGCCUUGUGCCGAUCAAAUCGGUCGCGUUGCCUGGGGACUCGCCUUUGCUCAGCGCUUCCCAGCGGAGAGGUGACGGUGGUUUUCCUUGCUGCAUCCCCUUUGCCAGGUUGCUGCGCUGUGGGAACCACCGCUUGAGGCUUCAUUUGGCUGCUGGCUGGGCUGUCUGCCUUUGGCUCGGAGGAGCUCAGAAGUUGAACAUACCUGUGUUCAGAAAAUCCCUUAUUUUGGCUGCUGAUCCCUUAUUUUCGAGGCUGCUGGUCUCUUAUUUACAAAUCUGUAAGUUGACAGCUAUGGUCAAGCCUGUUCUAGUGCAGGUUGUAAACCAUUAGUCCAACCCCAUGCAAUGCAGGAAUUGCAAUGAAAGAACCCGUGAUAUCCAACUCUUAAAAAAAAAUCCAACGAAGGAGAUUCUUCCACUUUCCACUGUCAAACAGCUCUUACCACCAGACAGUUGUUCCUCAUGUUUCGUUGGAACCUCCUUUCUCAUCAUGUGACUCUAAAAUGGAAAUGUUUCUCAUUUCAGGCAACAGUGAGGUUUGAGGACGUCAUUCUUUAUUUCUCCAGGAGCGAGUGGAAGUCCCUAGCCAAGUGGCAGAAGGAGCUGUACUGGGAAGUGUUGACAGAUAACUAUGAAGCUUUGCUCGUUGCAGGUAAGGAGAAUCCCGCAGCUGAAAAAAAGGCCUCCGCAAAUAUCACAACUUGACUUUCUAUCAGUGAGAAAACGCAGAUCCAUCUUGUUCUCAAGAUGUGGUGCAUGCUCUAGAUAUCUCCCGCUUGGACUACUGCCAUGCGCGCUAUGUGGGGCUACCUUUGAAGGUGACCUGGAAACUGCAACUAAUCCAGAAUGCGGCAGCUAGACUGGGGACUGGGAGUGGCUGCUGAGACAAACAUAACACCGGUCUUGAAAGACCUACAUUGGCUCCCAGGACAUUUCCAAGCACAAUUCAAAGUGUUGGUGCUGACCUUUAGAGCCCUAAACAGCUUCGGCCCAGUAGACCUGAAGGAGUGUCUCUACCCCCAUCGUUCUGCCCGGACACUGAGGUCCAGCUCCGAGGGCCUUCUGGCGGUUCCCUUCCCUCACUGCAAGAAGCCAAGUUACAGGGAACCAGGCAGAGGGCCUUCUCGGUGGUGGCGCCCACCCUGUGGAACACCCUCCCACCAGAUGUCAAGGAAACAAACAACUAUCAGACUUUUAGAAGACAUCUGAAGGCAGCCCUGUUUAGGGAAGUUUUAAAUACUUGAUGUUUUAUUCUGUUUUUUAUCUGUUGGGAGCUGCCCAGAGUGGCUGGAGAAACCCAACCGGAUGGGCAGGGUAAAAAUAAACAACAACACAACUACUACUAGUUCUUGGUUUAAGAACAAUCCUGUUUACGAACGAUUCGGUUUACAAACUCCGCAAAACCGGAAAUAGUGUCUUGGUUUGAGAACUUUACCUAAGAACGGAAUCUGAACAUUGGUAGGGCACUGGCGGUGAGAGGCGGUGAGAAGCGUGUCUCAGUUUAAGAACGGUUUUGGUUUAAGAACGGACUUCCGGAACGGAUUAAGUUCGUAAACUGAGGUACCACUGUAUUAUUAUUAUUCCUUAGUUACUUGUAACUAGGGAAGCCAUUCCUACAAAUUCAUUUUGGCUGAUGGCCAGAAACCUACUGCUCAUCAGGAUUCGAAAUCUGUGGGACCAGAAAUUCACAGAAGACUGGUGUAAAUUUACAGACUAUUUGAAAAGUAAUUGUGAUGAUCAGACUACGUUUGUAGGUUUGCAAGAAGUUUUGUGAGGUGAAUUAUUGGAACUAUUGCAAAAAUGGAUAAAGGGGAGGAUGGUUAGUUAAGAUAAUUAAAGGCAAUAUGAAUUUAAUAAAUGCAUACGAAGUAGUUAAAAUGGUGGAUCAUCAGAGGUGCUGAUGGAAGUCCAAAAAAAAGAUUAUAUAAGUGGUGAAGUUUUGUGGUAUGUAUUAUAAUUUAUAUGUUAAAAUUAAUAAAAAUUAUUAUAUAUAAAAAAGAAACCUACUGCUCAUCUUCAGCCAAAAUUCAUUAGUCUCUUUUCAGGCUGGAAAACCUCAAAAUCGUUGCCAGUGAAUCAGAGUGGGGUUUUUUAGGGGCAGGUAGCAACAGUAGAUUAAGUGGAGUGUCUGAAUUCGCUUUUUUCUAAAAGAGGAGCUGAUGAAGGAAGGGCGAAAUCGCAAGCAUGCAGAGAACAAGUCCUCUUUGUCGAAAUAUUGUUUCCGACGCUGUGUUUUCUGUCUCCCUCAUUUCCCUCUGUGAGCAGGGCAGCCGGUCACCAAAGCAGAAGUUGUGGCGUGGCUUGAGCAGUGUGAACGUCUGGAUAUCGAAGGAACCCAGGAAUCUAGAUUCAGAGACCCUGAUGCAAAUGUUUCUGCAAGUGAGUGGAAAUUAAAAGUGGAAUGAGUUGGAAGGGCAGGGUGCCGAGACCCCAAAUCUACGCAAAAGCUCCGAAAGGGGGAGGACUCAGUUGACGAUUAUAACUGCUGAAAGAACAAUGGCCAGCCGUUAAUUUAAGUUAAUACAUUGCAAGGGGUGUAACCCGACUGGAUUCUUACCAAUCCAAAUGGAAAGCUAGGUAAAGGGUAAAGGGGCCCCUGACCAUUAGGUCCAGUCGUGGCCGACUCUGGGGUUGCGGCGCUCAUCUUGCUUUAUUGGCCAAGGGAGCCGGCGUACAGCUUCCGGGUCAUGUGGCCAGCAGGACUAAGCCGCUUCUGGCGAACCAGAGCAGCGCGCGGAAACGCUGUUUACCUUCCCACCACAGUGGUACCUAUUUAUCUACUUGCACUGGUGUGAUUUCGAACUGCUAGGUGGGCAGGAGCAGGAGCAGGGACUGAGCAACGGGAGCUCACCCCGUUGCGGGGAUUCGAACCGCCGACCUUCUGAUCGGCAAGCCCUAGGCUCUGUGGUUUAACCCACAGCGCCACCUGCAUCCCUAAUGGAAAGCUACACUGCAUGAAAAGCUAAGAGGCUUGGGGUUUUCCCCACAGGCCCUGAUAGCUGUAGGUUAUGAGAAAGCUAGAGCAAUAAUCUGCCAACGAAUUUGGGAUGUGGAACUGCAAUGCCACGUGAGUGAGAUGAAUAAACACCCAGCAAUGAAAGAUAACAGGAGGGGAUUUACCCCAGCAAAUUAUUUGUCAAAAUUACAAAUACAGAUGGUCAUUUACCCUCGCUAGGUUCAACGUGCUGGGCAGAUUUGAGGGUAGACAAUUCGCAGAACGAGUCUGCCCCUGCGGCUUGAUGGAGGUAGAAACUGUCUCUCAUGUCUUGUUACGCUGCUGUUUCUACGGGGAUAUACGCUCGGUAUUUAUUACCCCUGCUAUGCAAAAAUCUCCAAAUGAAUCCGAACUUCAGUGUCUAAAAUCCCUGGAAGAGGACAAGGAUCUUGAGAUCACGUUAAGGGUAGCCAAAUUCUGUGCAUUUGCCAUAAAACUUAGGGAACAAGCUGUGCUAUCAUAAUGCUUAAGGUUUUAAAUGAGAAUUUUAGGUUAUAUGUUAGUGACUACGUUUUAAUUUAUAUAUUUUUUGACUGUUGCUAUAUCUGUAUUGCCCCUGUUAUACCUAAUUUGCAAAUUCAAAUGUAUCCCUAUCGUGUUUUAUGACUUCCUUGAUAUUGUAUGUGGGCUGGAACCGGUCUGUGACCGAAAUAAUAAAAUUCUAUUCUAUUGCAAGGGGCGCGACUUGAUAUCUCUUGAGGUCCUUUCCAACUCUACAGUGAAAAAUUGCAAAUGGAAGCUUUCUUUAAAAAAGGAAUUGAUGAACCCAAAUUAGUUAUGCCUACUAAUGGCAAUGGUUCUGCUCUGAGUACGGACGGAUGCGACCCUUUCACCUGUUCCGUUGUCCACAGAGAAAUAAUUCCACGUUCUCUCUUCCCCUCCAGCAAACGACGGGCCCUCGAAGGCAUGUUGUGAGGAACGCACAGGGCAGGCAGGAUCUCGCGAGACGCUACGCGACAAGUCUAAGGAGGUAGUGACCCAACGCGGUGAUAUAGGGGGCACCGCCAAGCAGACGUAUUUGUCAGCCGGACCACAAGGGAAGCCUGCAAAGGCUGAGCCUCUUUUGCACAUCAAGCAUGGGCAAAGUCCUGGAAGCCCGGCCUGCUCCCAGAGGCCUGCCGUUCCACCAAAACAGUAUAAAUGCAGGGAGUGUGGCAAGAGGUUCCGGCUGGAAGGGCUGCUUCGAAUGCAUCAGGAGAUCGCCGCGAGGAAGAUGUCCGUUGCUUGCUCUGUCUGCGGGCUGUGCUUCACGAGCCCUUUGUCUCUGAGGAUGCACCAGAGAACGCACCUUCCUGCUGUGGCGGACGGGGAGAAGGCCUCUCCCGGGAAGAACCGUCUGAGCGCGCAGCAAGCGCCUGAGAAGUUGCACCAGUGCGCAGACUGCGGGGACCGAUUUCGUGGGUUCCUCGACGUCCUCCGGCACCAGAAAAGCCACGAGGAGGCUAGACCCCGGCCGUGCGUCCAGUGCGAGGCCUCCUUCAUGCACCGGAUCGACCUCGCCACGCACGAGGAGGGCCACUUGGAGGAAGCGCUGAAGAGGCACGAUCGGCGCAGGCGGAAGUGUCUCUGCAAGCUCGCCUUCCGGCUGCACUUCGCGUCGCUGCUCGGACGUGGCGUGCGGGGAGACCAGGCCGCCUCGCAGGAGCAGGACCCCGAGCGACUGCACCAGGACGAAGAUGUCAGAGGCGAGACGCCGUAUCCCUGCACCGGAUGUGGGCUGCUAUUCAAGUGGGAAGAGAACCUCAAGGUACAUUACAGGUACUGCAGUGCGCAGUGGUUGCAGAAGCCUCCGUUAAACGCCUCCUCUCCAGUCGCUCUGCCGGGGGAACACCAGGAAGAUAGCGACAAGCAUGGGGUCGCCCGGCCGGCUUCCGAGGGCAGCCGCGGCGACAUGGGACUCCCUCACCCUCCCUCGCAAGCCUCCUCUGCUCAGCACGCUUGCCCGGAGUGCGGCAAACACUUUGCCUCUAAGGGCAGCCUCCGCAGGCACAAGAGGAGGCACAAGGCUGCGUUGCAGCGCCGCCAGAGCGUGGCCCACACGGACGGCGGCGGCGGCAGCUCCGGCAGCCCCGCCACGGCUUGCGCCACCAAGAAGCUGUACAAAUGCCAGGAGUGCGGGAAGAAGCUGGUGUACAAGUGGCAGAUGGCUGCUCACCAGCAAGGCCACGCCGAAGGGAAGAGUUUUAUAUGCCACCGUUGCGGGGAAAGCUUUGGGUUCAAGAGCGGUUUGCAGGAACACCGGUGUGCAGCAGGAGGCGCCGUGCCGGGCGAGGCCAGGCUGCUUUGCUGGUGCGGGAAGAGCUUGUCGAAGCUGUACUUUUUCAAGCAUCAAGCCUUCCACGCGGGACUGAGGUAUAUGUGCCUCCUUUGCGGGAAGGUGUCGAGUUUCCAGAGUUCGGCCAUCGCACAUCGCCGCGACCAUGUCAGAAGGGGGCAGCUGCUUGCGGCGGCGAGAGGCUCCGAUCUCCUUUCCCACACAAUAGAAAAGGUGUAUAUUCCACAGGGGCCGCAGCUGCAGAAUCCAGAGGAGACGGGGCAGCCCAGUGAUGGGUUUCCAACCGGCCAGGAGGCCCCGGCGGAGGGUGGGAAGAGCCCUUGGCAGAAAUGGAAGCUGAAAACUCCCCGGAUCACCCUCCCGAAGCCCUUCAGGUGCAGGGACUGCGGGAAAGCCUUCGCCUACCUGGCUCGCCUGCUGUUGCACCGCAAGGAACACACGGGCGACUUCCCCUUCCAGUGUGCCGAAUGCGGCAAGGGCUUCAUCAGCAGAAAUUACCUCAGCCUGCACUGGAAAAUACACACCAAAGAGAGUGCGUGACCGCCUCUGGAUCAGGGCCACGGCGUCCUCCUGGCUUUCCCAGAUUCCACCUCCUGUCCUCAUCCCCGACUGGGGCUGAUGGGAGUUGGGAGCCCAAAUGAUAUCUAGAUGAUGAUGAUGAUGAUGAUUAUUAUUAUUAUUAUUAUUAUUUGUACCCUGCCCAUCUGGCUGGGUUUCCCUAGCCACUCUGGGUGGCUUCCAACAAAGAUUAAAAAUACGGUACAUUAAAAUGUCACACAUUAAAAACUUCCCUUAAGUCAUCUUGUGGAUAAAUAUGUCAUGAGAAAUAAACGAAAACUCUUUGUGGCAUUUGUGGAUUUAAAAAGUGCCUUCGAUUCGGUCGACCGUAACAAACUAUGGACUAAACUAGGACACCUUGGUAUCGACCCAUAUCUACUUACACUGAUUCAAAGUUUACAUUCUAAUAACCAAAUAUAUGUUAAAGUAUCAAAAGAUGGUAGACUUGCAGGUCCUAUUCUGAAUAAUUGAGGAGUUAGGCAAGGCUGUAUCUUGGCCCCUACCUUAUUUAAUUUAUUUUUAUCUGACCUACCAUUAUUUCUUCAAAACGCAACCACUCAUACUCCUUAUUUAAACAAUAGCCCACUUUUUUUAUUACUUUAUGCAGAUGAUGCUGUAAUUAUUUCACUCUCUGUUUUGGGUUUAAAAAAAUUAUUUAAGAGUUUCUCAAACUACUGCUCUCUCAAUAAUCUCAAAAUUAAUUACGAUAAGACAAAGAUUAUGCAAUUUGGAAAGAGAGGGAACCCAAAAGGCUGUAUAAUCAAUGGACAUUUAAUACAGGAAGUUCAGCACUUCAAUUAUCUGGGAAUCACGUUUAAAAAUAAUAUGAAUUGGAAUACACAUAUAUGUGCUGCAAUAGUUAAGGCCAAAGUGACAGCCCACCAUAUUAAAUCCUACUUUUUUUCUCCAGUAGGAAACAGAUUUAUUCCAGCUGUAUUGCAAGUGAUUGACAUGAAACUUUGUGCCCAACUUCUAUACGGCACACCAGUGUGGAUUUCAGGUGACCUCAAGAGGUUGGAUAAAUUCCACGCAUCCCUUCUGAGGUCAUUAUUAGGACUUGCAAACUCUGUAAAAUAUGAAACAAUAUGUUGUGAGCUGGGAAUAUUGCCUUUAUCAGUAAGAGCAUGGUUGAGGACCUUGAAAUAUUGGAUCUUCCUCCAUUAUAGAGCCCUAUCCCCUAAUUCUCUACUUUACGAUCUUUUAAGUGAUAGUGCAAUCUACAAUCUAUCAUUGAUUUGUAGGAGAAAACUGGAUUUGAUAGGGCUCACUCUAAUUGAUUUUGAAAUCUCUGAUCCCAAAGACAUAUGGGAAAUUAUCAGGAAGACUCUUACAGAAAAAAGUGUUCUCGCCAUGCUUGAGGCUGCAAAGCGCAGCACUUGCUCUCCUAUCCACUUAAAUCUCCCUUUGUGUAGAGAUUUCUAAAAGGGAUACAUGACAAAUCUGAAGAAACAUGAAUCGUGUAGGCUGCUUAUGUUGGCCAGAUUUAACCUGUUUCCCUCGGUGGUAGUGAGAGGAAGAUACUUAGCUAUCCCAGAAUCAGAGCGUCUCUGCAAAUGCAGAAAACAGGAACCCGACACUCUAGAGCAUAUAUUCUUUUCCUGUGAUUUUGGUAGUUAUGCCAGAAAACAAUUAUUUGAGGCCCUAAAAGUUAAUAGACAGAUUUUUACUCCACCAACUGUUCAGGACCUGCUGGCGGACAGCGAUGAUCAAACCACUAUAAUAGUGGCUGAAUUUUUAAGUGCUGUCCAUGAAGAAAGAAUGGGCCAUGAUAAAGAGACUUAGUGGUUUUUAAUGGUAGGUGAUGUUGCUGUGUUGUUGUAUUAUAUUAUCUAUGUACAUCGAUUUAUUUCUUGGAGUUAAGAAUAGGACUGGGAUAAAUUGUGUUCGCUGAGCCCAUAUUUUAUACAGUCUGUAUAUGAUGUUUGUUUGUUAGUGUGUGGUGUGCUAUGCCUAAUAAAGGAUUUAGAAAACAAAACAAAAAAACUUCCCUAAACAGGGCUGCCUUCAGGUGUCUUCUGCAUGUCAGGUAGUUGUUUAUCUCUUUGACAUCUGGUGGGAGGGCGUUCCACAGGGCGGGUGCCACCACCGAGAAGGCCCUCUGCCUGGUUCCCUAUAGUUUUGCUUCUCGCAGUGAGGGAACCACCAGAAGGCCCUUGGCGCUGGACCUCAGCAUCUGGGCAGAACGAUGGGGGUGGAGACGCUCUUUUAGGUAUAUCUAGAAAGGACCAUGUAGGAAGGGAAGUGCCUGCUAGCCGGCUGCUUGUCAUGGGUGGGCAGAAGAAUCUCAAGCCCGGGAACUUGAGAGCAGCUCCCAGAAUCCUCUGUCAUUGCGCAGGGUGCCUCUGAGCAUGCUGUUCCUCAGCGCACGGAAGCAGCGCCCCUAGAGGCUGCUGGGAAAACAGCCCCUCAGAGCAUGCAGCGAGUCGGAAGAGGGGUGAGCAAGACUCGAAUCCAUGCCAUGUAUUUAGAGGACGUUGCUUCUCCUACAAAAUCCCUGGGAACUGUAGCUGAUCCUCUGCGGAGCUACGGUUCUCCAUGUACGUUAAGUGGUCUUUGCACGUCGGAUGCAGAUGUGACCUUAGUUAGGUGUCCUCUUUUUCUCGCUGUGUACGAGCCUCUCAGGUCACCCUCCACCCCACAUAGACCUCUGGUUAUAGGGUGGUAUAUAAAUAAUACUACUACUACUGCUGCUAAUAAUAAUAAUAAUAUAUAUUGCCCUAAUGACCUAGAGAGAGAAGCAGAGCUAUAAAUCUGCAUCUGCUUUAAAGUAAGAUUUCCACUAGUGGCUGAUUUAUUAAUUGGCUUAAGUCAUGGCCAAAUGAUCUCAGGUGAUCAAUUCUGUGGAAUACUUAACUUGGGGUGCUUUGAGAUUUUGAACGUUCUUCAAUCAAAUAUGUGAACACAGAUCUGCUCUAGAUGGUGUGGUUUUUGUGUGUGUGUAUGUGUGAAUACCAACAUUCACCAGUGCACCCGAGUUGUCUCAAUUAAUUUAAUUAGCAGAAUUUGCCUGGAAUGGGACAGCAAUCCCCACGUGCUGAAUUUCAUUGUUCACUGUUCAAAGCAGAGGACUUAUUAACUGUUUUGUUAUUUGUCAUUAUGUUUUUAUUAUGCUUUUAUUAUUGACGUUCUGUAAUGUGUUUUUAAUGCCGCCCCCCAUCUUGCCCUGGGAUCUUUUGAUAAAAGGGUGGUAUGUAAGUUGAAUAAAUAAAAUUAAAAUAAAAGGCAGGUUGGGGUUCUCUUUAAAUUUGCCUUCAGCUAUCGGAACUGGAAAUAAGCCAGGAUUUUAACCAUCCGAUGCAGAUUUCACUCUGCAGAGCGUUAGGCGUGGCGAUGCUGUUAUCUUUCACCAUCCUGGAUAUACUGAGUUUCACUACAGUUCCCAUCACUGGUGUCCAUUUGACAUUUUGGCUGGAUGCUCAUGGGAGUUGUAGUCCAAAGCAGCUGGGGGACGACACCAGGUUGGCUAAAGCAGGCAUAGGCAAAUCAGCCCUCCAGAUGUUUUGAGACUACAAUUCCCAUCAUCCCUGACCACUGGUCUUGCUAGCUAGGGAUGAUAAUAAUACCCUUAUUGUCAAUGUACAACCUGUGUACAAUGAAGUUAACUGAGCCUCAAUUGCACUGUUAUUUUCCGUUCAUCAGCCUAACAGCCCACAGAUAGAAGCUAUUUUUUAGCUUUUUGGUACGGCUGAUUAUAGGACGCGGGUGGCGCAGUGGGUUAAACCACAGAAACUAGGGCUUGCCGAUCAGAAGUUUGGCGGUUCGAAUCCCCGCGACGGGGUGAGCUCCCGUUGCUCGGUCCCUGCUCCUGCCAGCCUAGCAGUUCAAAAGCACGUCAAAGUGCAAGUAGAUAAAUAGGUACCACUCUGGCAGGAAGGUAAAUGGCGUUUCCGUGCGCUGCUCUGGUUCACCAGAAGCGGCUUAGUCCUGCUGGCCACGACCCGGAAGCUGUACGCCGGCUAACUCGGCCAAUAAAGCGAGAUGACCGCCGCAACCCCCGAGUCGGCCAUGACUGGACCUAAUGGUCAGGGGUCCCUUUACCUUUUUACAGCGUCUGUGUAUCUGUGCAGAUCUUGAUGUUCAAACACGCUCCAAUCAGUACUUUCAAAACAAUCCUGGAGCUGACUGAAAGUUCCCUCUGGCCAGAUUCUAACUGUUUUUAUAACUGGCUGAAUUCUUCUCCUAAGGGGGAUAUACUUCGGACAUAAAAAAAGUGAAGAAUGGUCAGAUGAUCCUAAGUGGAGGAGGGAAAUUGCCCUGUAUGCCUGCUUCAGACUGGAAUACACACGAUCCAAAAUAUUAUUCCCUUUAGUAGGGAAAUUCACAUACUGUUCAAACUUAGGAAAAACUGUCUUUAGGCAGGCCUGAUUGAAAUUCCUUGCCACAAGGAGGGCAUCCUCUGGGUGGAUUUGCUGCUGCCUAGAGAUGAUGUCAUAGGGACACGGGUGGCACAGUGGGUUGCACCACAGACACUAGGACUUGCCAAUCAGAAGGUCGGUGGUUCUAAUCCCCGCAAUGACGGGGUGAGCUCCCGUUGCUUGUUCCCAGCUCCUGCCAACCUAGCAGUUCGAAAGCACGCCAGUGCAAGUAGAUAAAUAGGUACUGCUCCGGCGGGAAGGUAAACGGCGUUUCCGUGCGCUGCUCUGGUUCGCCAGAAGCGGCUUAGUCAUACUGGCCACAUGACCCGGAAGCUGUACGCUGGCUCCCUCGGCCAAUAAAGAGAGAUGAGCGCCGCAACCCCAAAGUCGUAGGCGACUGGACUUAACGGUCAGGGGUCCCUUUACCUUUAGAGAUGACGUAAUAUAGCUUAGAAAGUGCCACUCUUAAUUAAUGAAUGUUAGAAAUUAAGGAAUGUUAGAAAAAUGUUGGAAUGAAGUUAUAUGGCUUUAGUAGAAAUGUUAUAAGGAAUUAAGUAUAAAUAGAUUAAUAGAGAAUUAAAGGGAAAAAAUAAGGUUAAAAUGUGUUAAGAUAAUUAUAGGAUAGAAAACAGAGGAAGAUGGAAAGGAAUUGCUGAAACAACUAACAGAAGUGGAAUACAAAAAGGGAGGUGUGAGGUCAUUGAAAUAAGUGAAUGAAAGAUAAGAUAUUGAAACUGGUUGAUGUAUUUUAAAUUGUUUUUGUUUUGUUAGUUUAAUGUGUUAGUGUUAUGUAUUGUUUUUGUAUUGUAUAGUUUAUUCUUUUUUUGUAGUGUUUAAAUUGUUGGAAAAGUAAUAAAUAUUAUUU